UGACUGUGUUCUUAAGCACUUUGACUCCAAAAUUCUACUUUGCCCUUACAGUGACUUCAUCUUUUAUAUCUGGACUGAUAUUUGUGUUUGAGUGGUGGCACUUCCGAAAAUACGGCACAUCUUUCAUCGAGCAGGUUUCUGUGAGUCAUUUACGACCCCUCAUCGGGGGCAUAGAGAGCAGCCCCCCCACACCAGCGGCGUUCUCGGCUGGAGAGAAUGAGGCGAGCAAGCAGAACGUGCCAGAGUGCAAAGUGUGGCGAAAUCCUCUCAAUCUCUUCAGAGGGGCAGAGUAUAGCAGAUACAUGUGGGUGACCGGGAAGGAGCCUCUGACGUACUAUGACAUGAAUUUGUCUGCUCAAGAUCAUCAGAACUUUUUCACGUGCGAUACAGAUGCCCUUCGGCCCUCAGAUACAGUGAUGCAGAAAGCGUGGCGAGAGAGAAACCCUCAAGCCCGGAUUAAAGCAGCGUAUCAAGCUCUGGAGUUGAACAAUGAUUGUGCCACUGCUUAUGUCCUCCUGGCUGAGGAAGAGGCAACCACUAUUGUAGAUGCAGAGAAGUAUUUCAAGCAGGCGCUGAAAGCAGGAGAGAUGAUUUACAGAAAGUCUCAGAACUGCCCUUCCCAAAGUCCCCAGCACGAAGCACAGCUGAGAAGAGACACCAAUGUACUGGUAUAUGUGAAAAGGAGACUAGCUAUGUGUGCGAGAAAACUUGGAAGAAUACGAGAAGCAGUAAAAAUGAUGAGAGAUCUGAUGAAAGAGUUUCCACUUCUCAGCAUGCUGAAUAUCCAUGAGAACCUCCUGGAGGCACUGCUGGAGUUACAGGCUUACGCAGAUGUCCAGGCAGUUUUAGCAAAGUAUGAUGAUAUCAGUCUUCCAAAAUCAGCAGCAAUAUGCUACACAGCAGCCCUGUUAAAAGCCAGAGCUGUUUCAGAAAGGUUCUCCCCAGAAACUGCCUCCAAAAGAGGGCUCAGUACGGCAGAAAUUAAUGCUGUGGAAGCCAUUCACAGAGCGGUGGAAUUUAACCCUCAUGUUCCAAAGUAUUUGCUAGAAAUGAAAAGCUUAGUGCUACCUCCAGAGCAUAUUCUGAAGCGAGGGGACAGCGAGGCAGUAGCCUAUGCUUUUUUCCACCUCCAGCACUGGAAGAGGAUAGAGGGGGCUCUCAAUCUGCUUCACUGCACGUGGGAAGGCACAUUUAGGAUGAUCCCAUACCCGUUAGAGAAAGGUCAUCUUUUCUAUCCCUAUCCGAGUUGCACAGAAACAGCAGACAGAGAACUGUUGCCAACAUUUCAUGAAGUCUCCGUGUACCCACAGAAGGAGCUUCCCUUUUUCAUCCACUUCACCGCGGGCCUGUGCUCCUUCUCGGCGAUGCUCGCCCUGCUCACACACCAGUUCCCUGAGCUGAUGGUCGUCUUUGCUAAAGCUGUGCUGCGGGUGCUGUGGCCUGUGAGUGCUCCCAGUGUUCUGGCCCCCAGCUGA